UAGUGUAAUCCGUAAAUAACUUAAACCCGUACUCGGUCGUGUUUUAAUCUACAUGUAUGUCACAACUUCCGGUUAAUUUUCACAUGUUGCAAGUUCGAUUUGAUUUCAAUUUUAGCUUUCUUUAACCAAACAUAAAGAGAAGCUAAGAAGAUGGAUGAUGAACAAGAAACAUACAAGUUAUGGAAAAUACGUAAAACCAUAAUGCAGUUAUGCCAUGACAGGGGAUAUCUUGUAACACAGGAUGAAUUGGAUCAAACAUUAGAUGAGUUUAAAGGCCAGUUUGGAGACAAGCCAAGUGAGCGUAAACCAGCUAGAAGUGAUUUGAUUGUUCUUGUGGCACAUAAUGAUGAUCCAACAGAUCAGAUGUUUGUGUUCUUCCCAGAAGAACCAAAAGUUGGUAUAAAGACAAUAAAGACUUACUGUCAACGUAUGCAGGAGGAAAAUAUUACCAGAGCUAUAAUUGUUGUACAGAUAGGAAUGACCCCAUCAGCAAAACAGUCAUUAACAGACAUGGCACCAAAAUACAUAUUAGAACAGUUUAUAGAAUCUGAAUUAUUGAUCAACAUUACAGAACAUAUGUUAGUACCAGAACAUGUUGUGCUGAUACCAGAAGAAAAAGCAGAAUUGUUAUCUAGAUAUAGAUUAAAAGAGUCACAGUUGCCUAGGAUACAGCAAGGAGAUCCAGUAUCGAGGUAUUUUGGACUAAAACGAGGACAGGUAGUAAAGAUUAUCAGAAACUCUGAGACUGCUGGUAGAUAUGUCAGUUAUCGACUGGUUGUAUGAAAACAUUUUAACAGUCAAUAUUUGACGGAAAGAGCAACAAACUACAACAUUACUGAACAUAUGAUAUUCUUGUCGACUGACAGAAUUGUAAUGGCUAUAGACAACAGUGAAACUAGAUUAUUGUUAUUAUACUUUGGCUGAUACAGAGAUAUUAUCAGCUAUUAUUUUGAUAUGUUUCAUGCUGAGGAUGUAGAGAGAGAAACAAAAUAGCAACCAUUUAUGUUUUUUGAAGUGAAUGUUGAUUUAAAGUCAUAGACAUUUUCAGAUUUUAAUCAGCUAAAAAAUUUCAUCAAUGAUAAGUUGUUAUAAACUAAAGCAAAAAAAAACACUAUAAUUUUACAAAGUUUUAACACAACACAAUUUUAUGCCCUUGAAAUAUCAAAGAUCUUUUAGAAUAGCAAGUUUGUGGUUUGGGGCUAAAAAAUGACUAUGAACUUAGUCACUUGCCUUGUGUUGGACAUACUUGUAAAUGUUAAGAAUAUUUUGAUGUUUAAUUGUGUACUAACUACUUGAUUUUAUUCCAAACCCAUUCAAAUCAGAAAUUUGUUGCUUCAUUAUUCACUUGUAUUUAUUCAUCUCAUUUAAGGGAUAUUCAUUAUUUCAUACACAUUUAAAUCUAUGUAAAAAAAAUCAAACAUAUUGUUUAACUGCACCAGUCUUUCAAAUAAAGAAUAGACUGAUAAGA